AUGAGUAGCCAUCCGGCAUCGUCUAGUAAUGGAGGCAGUGGAUCGGGUGAUUCUGAUGCUCCAAGAAGGAAUUCGAAGCGACCCAAAUAUUCAAAGUUUACACAACAAGAACUUCCUGCUUGCAAGCCAAUUCUCACACCAAAAUGGGUGGUGUCUGCAUUCAUGAUUAUUGCCAUUGUCUUCAUUCCUAUUGGCAUUGCUUGCUUGGUUGGUUCCCGAGAUGUUGUUGAAGUUGUUGAACGGUAUGAAACAGAAUGCAUUCCUGCUCAAAAUAGAACCAAUAAGGUCCAAUUUAUACAAAGCCCUGCCGAUAAAACGUGCACAAUAUCAAUGAGGAUCCCUAAGCGUAUGAAGAAACCUGUAUAUGUUUACUAUCAGCUUGACAACUUCUACCAGAAUCAUCGUAGGUAUGUGAAGAGCCGGAGUGACGAGCAGUUGAAAAGUGCGAGUAAAGAGAACGAUACAAAGUCUUGUAAGCCAGAAGACAUUGCAGUUGGUGGGGGGCGAUUGUACCCUGUGGUCUAA